AUGCCUCCUCCCACACCUGCCACCACUGCACCCACCUCUUCAGCUUCAAAUACGCCUGCCAAGCCCCCAGUGCGUGUAGAAACAUAUGUUGGCGGCUUCCUCUUCAACAGCCUCGACCAAAUCCGCCACCUGCUAAUUGACCUCUACGGCGUCCCCGAGUCCGAGGUUGAUGAUAUGGGUCCCCUCGACAUGUCGACCCUCUACUACAACGAACACAUAGCGCUUGACAGCCCCGACUUCAUAUACGUCCCGUACCGCUUCCCGGACUCUCCUGACGUGGAUCGAGAAGGUUGGCUUCUCCCUUGCCGGCUCGCGUUCGUACGUGUCGGCCGCAAGCCGCCUAACCUCGACUUCGACCACCACGUUCAACGGUACGCGGAGAAGUGGUUCCCGAAAGCGUUGAGGGACACGGAACCCUUCAAGGGGAUCAGGUAUAUCAUGACCCCACACCCUAAAGCAUACUUCCGUACGCACCGUCUUUCCACUCUCAAAGGCCGGACAUCCGGAUCUGACGACAAGUUGCUCCUAGCAUCCCCGUUUUUGCGCCGAAAGCUGAAACAAUACACCGACGAAGGACACUACAACUCUCUGCUUCUGCUUGCCAAGUGGGUUCAGGAUGAGGAGGCGGCGGGGAGAGUUGUCUCGGAUCUCUGCUAUCGCUCAAUCGACUUAUAG